CUUUAAGGCGGCAAUCCCUGCAACUCUUAUUUAUCCUCCCUCACUUCGCACCUCUCGCCUGCCGCCGCCGUUUUGUUUCUUUUAUGUUAUUUUUACAUGCACAUGCCGAGAUCCUUGCCUGGCCGCGCGAUUUUUGCCAUUGGACCCCUUUAGUCCUCGAGGACGACGCCAAUUCUCUGCUCGGCAGCCUCGCCGUUGCCAGACUUUAUACCGUAUACUGCAGGCUCUUGGCCGGGUGGCUGGAGCCAUCCCCGCAUUCGCAUUUUGCUGCUUGCAGCUUUCUUCCACCUCUGGUCUCCGAGUGCGCCGAGCUCAGCAGACUUGCUCCAGCAUCGAUCACAGCCUGCCGGGCGCAGAAUGACAAAUCACUAGAGGCCAUUGGCUGGUCCCCUUGCCAGGAGCUGAGACGUCAGGCGCCGCGAUACCUUCAGCAGAGAGCUCCGUCCAGGAACUCGCCUCCGAAACGGCCUGCCGUAACCCUGCAAACCGACCUCAGAGCUCGAUGUGACAUCGCGUGCCGACACAUCAGAUGCUAGUGCUCGAUUUGGCCAUUCUGUCCUGCAUAAUUCGCACAUCUCACCCCGUAUCUCGCUGCGCUGCAGCUCUCCUGCUCUAAGCA